AUGGCCUGCAACCCACAAAGACCACUCAGGAGGCCAAGCUGUCCGUCUCGAGUCAGAGAACCUUUCCUGCGGAUGGUCCAUGCCCGUGAGUCCCCCCCAACCUCCCAGACGUGGGUCCAGCGUGAGUUCUUCGUCCCCGGUGCACCCUGGGAGUUGCCCGGCUUCACACGGCAAACCUACCACCAGCUGAUCCACAAGCCGCCUCCCUGCACAGAAAUCAAGUCCAAGGUGCAUCACCAGCUCAUCCACCCUUGGAAGGAGCCAAACCAGCACACCUGGGGCUUCCACACCUGGCUGGAUGUGGGGCGUCUGCCUGCCACCUUCCCCUCGCAGCCCGACCAGCCCUACAAUAGCAACGUCUGGCGCUGGCUCACCCACUCCAAUGCCUACCGUGAUCCCCCUGCAGGGCCCCUCAUUCCCCCUCCCUCUUGGAUGGGGCCCCACAGCUUUCUGACCUUCAUCGGCUACACUCCCAUCUUCUUGGACGAGAACAGGAAGAACGAGGUGAUUUUCAGGACGCUGAAGGAGCUGAAGGCGGCGGAGAGACUCAGGCUGAGGAGCGAAGCAAGGGCUCCUCCACUUGAUGCCCAGGGCAACAUCCUGCCCCCCGCGACCUACAAGAAGUAA